UAGAAAAAAUGAAUAACCUGGACAAAAAAAUGGACCUUAUGCUUAAUAAACUCGACGGAAUAAAUAACCUGGACAAAAAAAUGGACAUCAUGAUUAAUAAACUGGACCGAAACACAGCGGAAAUGGUGGCUCUUCGUUCCGAAAUUGGCUCCAUUAAGGCGAAGGUUUGUGGUGAGAUCCGCAAACCCAAAGUAGUUCUGCCUUGCCAACCGCUCACAACCAUAGAUGAAUUGGAUCAUUUCGAGCAUAACUUGCAGGAAGAAAGUUUCUUCAAAAAUGUGAUCGCAGAGUUAAUGAUGUCGGGCGAGAAAGCAUUCGACAAAUGGAUUCGGAGUUCUUGGCGUUCAAUUGUGUCCGACGAGGUCGCACGACAGUGCUCUUGGCGGGGCACAGAGGAGAAAAAGUGCAUUAGGGGCUUGCGGAUUACUCUAGCCAUCCGUACGGGAUUUAAGGAAAGAUUUUCGUUAGAAGACGCCGAUUUCGACCGAAUCCCGCAAAAAUUUUUCCAGCACGACCAGGACAGAGUGUCGAAGGAGAAAAAACAAAUUAAAUUUAAUUCACUAAUAUAA